AUGAGCUUCCUGCGUUUCACUAUGCGCUCGCACGUCUCGGUAGCGUACGUUCUCGCGGCUUUAUGUUGUUUUGCAUUCGCAACACCGCUGAACUCUCUGGAUGAGCGUCGCGUUGCUUGGGAUUGGAGCUCGUCCACCGACAAAGUCCGCGGGGUCAAUAUCGGUGGUUGGCUCGUACUUGAACCCUUCAUCACACCAUCUAUCUUCUGGCAGUACUCCAGCGAUGGCUGGACCGUCGCCGAUGAAUGGUCUCUCUGUUCGAAAAUCGGCAAAACCGAGUGCAGCAAGGCGCUCAAGGCUCACUGGGACAGCUUCGUUAAGCUGGAAGAUUUUCAAAAGAUCAAGAAGGCUGGGUUCAACGUCGUCCGCAUUCCCGUCGGGUACUGGUCGUACCUUGAAGUCGAGUGGGAGUACGUUUCCGGUGCGGCGCCAUACCUAGACAAGGCGAUCGGAUGGGCUCGCAAGACUGGCUUGAAGGUUAUCAUUGACUUGCACGGUGCUCCCAAGUCCCAGAACGGGUUUGAUCACAGCGGUCACCAGAUGGAGUGGCCGCAGUGGGGUGACGGCGACAGCAUACCGAACACGCACAAGGUCCUCAAGAUCUUAGAAGACAAGUAUGCGAAAAGCUCGAUGCAGGACGUUGUGAUUGCUAUUCAGCCUCUCAACGAACCGUUUCUAGCUAAGCUAGACGACAACAUGGUGAGGCAAUUCUACCGCGACAGCUAUUACAACCUGCGACUGGUCAGCAGCGACAUGCCAAUGAUGAUCCACGACGGCUUUGAACGCCCCUCGUGGCUCAACAAUUUCCUCACGCCUUCCGACAACAAUGCCCAGGGCGUCAUCGUCGAUCAUCACGAGUACCAGAUCUUCAAUGCAUACGAGGUCGCGCGCUCGACCGAUGAACACAGACAGUCCGUCUGUCAAGCAGCUGACUACUGGGCCGAUUCAGACAAGUGGAUGGUCGUCGGUGAAUGGUCCGGCGCAAUGACCGACUGCGCUCCUCAUCUGAACGGCUUCCGAGCAGGGAACCGCCACGAGGGAUCGUACCAAGGCAGCUGGUGGAUGGGCUCGUGCUGGGGGCCCAAUCUGAGCGGAGAGGUGAACACCUGGGAGCAGUGGUGGAAAGACGACGUACGCAAGUACAUCGAGACGCAGCUUGACGCUUUCGAAAAUAAAACGAAGGGCUGGAUCUUCUGGAACUUCAAGACCGAGGGGAGCGCGGGCGAGUGGGAUCUUUUCCAGCUGCUGGAUGAGGGCGUGUUUCCGCAGCCGCUUACUGAUCGUAAGUUCGGAAAGUACUGCACGAACUUCUGA